CGCUGCUUCUGACUAGAUCGCGUUUCUUGUGUUCUUAAGUCAUUCUCUCCCUGCCAGGGCCUAUCCAUUCCGCGUGCGGUUUUCUUCAUCCCGAGGAUAAAUCAUACAUGGACGAGUGAAUGAGUGCGGGCAUCUGUGAGUGAGACAGAGUGUGGAGAGACUCCGUGACACUCUCGUCACAUGGUGAUUUUAGUUGCAUUCGGGAGGCGAGAGUUGGAAGAUCGCGAUCGGUGAUCUUAAAAUAGUGCAGAGAUCUCUUUCGUAAGAGGUUGACACGCAUCAUUUGCCCAUACAAUUGACUUUUCGUAUAUUCCAACAACAUACUUUUCCUCCUAUCUCAAUGUGGUCUCCAAGGCAAAAACUUUGCCGCAAGUGAAGUUUAUCAUCUUUUUGUCCUAAACCUGGUACUUCCUCAAGUUCCACAAAAAAAGUGCUUCAUAUAUAGCUGAAUCUGUGAAAAUAUUGAGUGCUAACGAAUAAAUUGUGUGCAAUGAAAUUGUGGAAGUCUAAGAAAAGUUCAAGCUGCGUUCCAGGAAAAUCCUCAUCAACGAAACACGAUGAUAAAGUGGAUUCCAGUAUUUCUGCUACAAGCGAUCGUGCUAUGAGUCCAGCACAGAGUGAAGAUUCUGGAUUGGCGGCAGAUCGUGGAACAACAUACGCCACGAUAUCUCUGCCUCGGGAGAAUGCCCAAGCAAUGGGUAUACUCUUCCUGGACAGAGCUGAUCUUACAUAUCCGCCCGUGAUUGGUACACUCAAUGCUCUAGGACCCGCAGCGGAUUUCUUAGCACCUGGAGAUCGAAUCCAUCAGAUCGAUGGGAUCUCCACGAUAGGACUCACCAAUGAACACGUUAUGAGUAUCCUCUAUCACGGCAAUGGACCAGCAGUGGUGGAAAUUGAAUAUUCCCUUCCAGAAUACCUGUCUCAGAACAGUUUGUGCGUGACAACGAAACUUGCUCAAAUCACGGUCGAGAGGGAGAAUGGUUGUCUGGGACUAACACUUCGUGGUGGUGGAGAUUUUCCCUUGAUCGUGACAAAUAUCCGACCACAUGGUCCUGUCUACAAAUGCGGCAGAAUAAAGCCUGGUGAUCGCCUUUUGCGUGUAGACAAUGUCUCCCUCAUCAACAAGACACUGUCGGAAGCACAGCAGAUUCUCAAGUGUGGCCACUUAUCGGGACUCACAAACCUGACCAUCGAAUACGAUGUUUCGGUUAUGCAGAGUGUAGAGUUCUCAAUGGGACCACUCCUCAUUGAAAUUGAGAGAUCGCCCAGUGACAAAUUGGGCCUUGUGUUGAGCAACUCCUGUCCGAAUGUCUAUCAGCAGACACUGGAUGUGACCAACGGGAAGAUGGAUGAGAUCGCUCAAGCUGGUGUCUUCAUCGCCAACAUUAUUCCCGCCACAUUGGCCGAUCGGACUGGUGCACUCUCAAUUGGGGACAAAAUUCAAAGUGUUGAUGACACCCUCGUGGAAAACACCUCACUAUCUCCUGAGGAUGUUAUGCAACUCUUGAAUACCAACACAGAUCGUGGCUUUACACAAAUACAAAUUCUGCCAGCUCAUGCCAUUGCCAGGCUCCGAGGACUGCAACAACAGAAUGGGAACAGUGCCAAAUAUGGAUUCAAUACUCUUGAAUCACGCAAAAUGCGCCAAAAGAAAUUUAUGAGGAAGAGUUCAUUGCCUCUGCUGGAGAGUUCCGGGAGUGGUGGAUUAGUGUCUGGAAGCAUUGGUCUCUGUCGCUCUGAGACGGUUCAAGUUGUCCUGGACUGUUCACAAGGAUCCGGAAUAUGCCUUGGUGGUCCAAGUCCUUGUAGUCGUGGCUUUGUUAUUGCUCAGAUCAUCCCAGAUUCUGUGGCUGAUCGAUCUGGAUGCAUUCAGAAGGGUGAUCGUCUGCUGGCCGUCAAUAAACUCUACAAUUUGGAUGUGACGACUGUGCGUCAGAUCCUAGGAGACAUUGGGUAUAAGAAUUUGCAUCAGAAAGUGGCACCAAAUUGGGUUGAGGUAGAGAUUGAGUUUGAUAUGUCAGAUUCCGUGAUACCCUCCAGUGGAGUCUUCAAUGUGAAGCUCCCGAAGCAUCAGGAACGCAGUGAAUUGGGAAUAACCGUAAAUGCUACAAAUAGUGGUGCUUUUAUAAUAACUGAUGUGAAGCCGGGCAGUGCAGCUCAUCGGACAGGUUCCCUUAGAGCUGGUGACAUUCUUCUAGCUGUGGAUUCUCAGCCUCUGCAGCACUACAAUGUUGAUGCUUUGCUCAAGGAGAACAAGAAUGAAUUUACGACACUGACCAUCAAGAGAACCUGCCUUCCGGACUUCCUAUUUGAUGCUCAGUAUCGGAAUAAUUUCAUCUAUAGCAGCACUGAAACGAGGAUUGCAGAUAACAAUUCACCCUCUUCCUAUGGCUAUGCAGGUACAACGAAGAGGAAUAAUGAUGCGGGAAGGAGUGAACAGAAACCCAAUUCGGGAAAUCAAACGGAUUUUUAUCAAAUGGAAGAGAAUCUAAUGGGGAAUGGAUUGAUGACUAUUCGAAGACCUCCUCUUUUUGCAAAUUCCCUCAGUCACAUGGAACUUGGUCAAAUGGGAAAUUCUACCCUAAAAACGGACAAUAAUCCUUCGGACAUCAUUGAAGAUCCUUUUGUGGAAAUGGAAGGGUAUCCUGAAUACUUCCAGACCUAUUACAACUUGGAAAUGCCCCUGCCAAUGAAUUCAUACAGCAAUCCCCUGCAUCAAAUUGUAAGCACAGUUCGGCUGGAAACGAACGGGGGACCUUUGGGAAUUACCCUGGCCGGCAGUGAAAACCUCCAAAAGCCUAUAGUCAUCAGUGGUUUUGUUGAAGGAGGUGUAGCUCAUGCAUCCGGAAAGCUGUGCAUUGGUGACGAAAUCCUGGCUAUCAAUGGAGAAACUGUCCAAGGAGUACCACUAAGUACCGCCACGAAGCUUCUACAGCGCUUUGAGAAUGUUGUAGAUCUCAAGAUUGCCAGAAAUCGCACAGACAAUGGCGAGAAUACUGCUUCCUUGCCACAGCCACAGGCCAUUUACAGCAAAGUUCAGAGGCGACCUCGAAGUCCUUCAGUCACUGAUGCCCUUUCGACCUCCUCAAGUGCCGAAGGACGCUUCAAGACCAUCCAUGUGACCCUCUACAAAGACAAAGUCUACGAUGACUAUGGAUUUUCCCUCUCUGACGGACUCUACGAGCGUGGUGUGUAUAUCAACAGGAUAAGAAGUGGAGGACCUGCCGAUGCAGUUGGUCUUCUCAAGUCUUUCGACCGUAUUAUGAUGGUGAACGGGACGAAAACGCAGGACUUUGAUUGCUGUUUAACUGUGCCAUUGAUUGCUGCGAGUGGAGAUAAGAUUGAUAUGAUUGUCCAGAGACCAAUUUCUGAUUAACGACUUAAAUGCAAUGCAAAUUGCUGAAAUUCCAUUUAAUCACACACAUAAACCAAAAAAUGAGUUGAUUUUCUGCAAAGAGAAGGAAAAAUGAGGAAAAAUAAACUGAUGGUAGUGACUUAAUACAUUUAGUGCUGCAAUCUCUCCAAUAAUAAUAUUUUUAAUCAAUAAAACUGUAUGCAAUGGAACCACACAAAGUUAUCACAAAUAUACAAUGUAGGCGAAGCUAUAAGACAAA